AUGGCGCCUCUCAAACAGACCCUCAGCACUGACGCCGGGCUUCCAGCCGGCUCGUACAUCUACAAGAUCAUUUCGACAGCGCCACGACAAGACCCUCUCACAUACUCCCUGACCGAUCAAUUAGCUUCCAUAUCUUCAGACGACUCUUUGCGCUUUCAUACUGCAGACCUGAGACCUGAUGGCGUGAUUACGAACGCAAAUGAAAACAUAACAUGUUUGGAGAGAGCGAAUGAUACGCCUAGCAACAUUGUCACAACAGCGGGAAGAGAUGGAUUAAUAAGAUUCUGGGAUAAACGAAGCAAGCAAAAAGCUCUGCAAAUCGAAAGCCCGCACAAACUCGUCUCAGCGUUGGUUUGCGAUGCAGAAAGAAACUUCGUCGCUGCUGGCAUCGAAAACCCCGAAGACGGUCCUAAUAGCUCCCCAGUAUACAUUUGGGACCAGCGCAACCUAUCAGCGCCUCUUCGUUCAUACGUGGAUUCCCACACUGACACCGUGACAAAUCUCUCUUUGCAUCCUUCUCACCCUACUCUGCUACUAUCAUCUAGCACGGAUGGUCUAAUCAACAUCUUCGACACUGCUCAAGCUGACGAAGACGAUGCUUUGUACCAAGUUGUCAACCAUGGAUCGGCUGUCGCACAUGCAGGGUUCAUGUAUCCUGGCACCGACAUUUACGCGAUUGGCACGGAUGAGACGAUCAGUUUUUUCGCAUUGCAGAGCCAGAAAGAGGAGGAAGAGGAGCCGGCGCCGAAAGUGUGGGGCGAUGUUAGGGAAGGUUUGGGGUGUGAGUAUGUGGUAGAUCUGGGAUGGGCUGGGCAACAAGCUUUUGUUGCCGCAGGGAAGCAUAGCGAGAGUCUUCUCAACUUCAUCCCUAUUAGUAAGGGCACCAAUGGGCCUCUGGACUAUAGCUUCGAUGUCGAUAAGAGCAUAACCUUUGCGGGUGCUCACGGCGAAGAAAUCGUCCGCGAUGCAUUCACUGAUGUUCACACCAACACAACAUACACAUGCGGCGAAGACGGUCAAGUUCGGGCCUGGAAACCCUCAGAAGAAACCGGAACGAAUUUUGAUGAAGCGGCCGGAUCGGCGAAGAAGAAGCGCAAGGAGAAGAAAGAGAAAGCAAGAUUCAAGCCAUACUAG